AUGUUCCACCACCGGCAGCUACUGCAACGUUUGCACCGAAGAUGCACCAUCACCACGUCGGGACCCGUGUGCUUGAUCAAGCUGGAGAGGCUGCGCUCGCUGCAUCUGUCAACCAGCGUCAACAACAACAGCGGCCCGGCCGGCUUCGAAGCAACAACAACAACAACAACAACAACAACGGCAGUCCUGCCUUCGCACUCUCAGAUCGUGAUAGCAGGCGCGGGCACGGUCGCCAACUCGGUGGCCUACCACCUCGCCCAGAACGGCUGGAGCGACGUCCUCGUGCUCGAGCAGGAUCGCGUCGGUGCCGGGAGCUCGCACUUUGGCUCCGGGACCCUCGGGCUGUUCAAGCCCGUAUCGCACCGCAAUCUCGUCUCGUACAGCAUACGGCUCUACCAGCGGCUCCACGAGAUGGGCUACGACAUCGGGCUCAGGCAGUGCGGUAGCAUCAGUCUCGCGCAGACCAAGGACAGGAUGGUGGCGUUCAGGCGGCGCAUGGCCUACAACGUACCCACCGGCCUGCACUGCGAGGUCCUGGGUAGGGAGGAGCUGAGGAGGAUGCAUCCGUACUUGCAGGUGGACGACAUCGAGGGUGCCAUUUGGGUGCCCGAGGAUGCGGUCGCCGACUCCGUGGCGAUAUGCGAGGUCCUGGCCAAUUUGGCGAAACAAGGUGGGGUGCGUUACAUCGAGCACUGUCGGAUCGAGCAGGUUUACACGGAUAACGGGGCCGUCAGGAGAGUCAAGACCAACCGGGGCUUCGUCGAGUGCGAGUAUUUCGUCAACUGCGCCGGGAUGUGGGCUAGGGAGUUGGGCCUACGGUGCAAUCCACCCGUGAAGAUACCCGUCUACCCAGCGGAACAUUAUUAUGCCAUCGCAGCACCCUUAUCCUUGGAGACGACGUUGAAUCUGCCCUGCGUGCGCGACUUCGACUCGUACUCGUACAUGCGCGAGUGGCAGGGUGGAAUCUUAGCCGGGUGGUUCGAGCCGGAAGCGAAACCGGCUUUCGGAAGCGGGGACAUUCCCAAAGUUAACUGGAAGCAGCAAGUAAGAGUCGAUCCUCAGCACUGGAGACCGCUGUGGGACAAGAUCGUGCACAGAAUGCCCAUUUUGGGGGAAGCAAAGGAACCUUUCGUCUACAAUUGUCCGGACAACUUUACUCCCGACGGCAGGUGGAUCAUGGGCGAGUCUUCUGAGGUGAAAAACUACUACGUCGCCGUUGGCAUGAAUGGAAACUCUCUCCAAGGAGCCGGAGGAAUCGGCAAAGAAGUCGCCGAAUGGCUGAUAAACAGCGAGUCCACGCAAGAGCUGCUGCCCUUUAACGUGCAGCGAUUUACGGAUCUGCACACGAACAAGCAGUACCUGCAACAACGAGUCCGCGAAGUCGUCGGUCGCAAUUACGCGAUACUCUAUCCGCACCAGUGCGAGUACAAGUACGCUCGGCAGCUACGGUGUUCGUCGCUUUAUUCCGUCCUCGAAGAGCGGGGUGCCAUAUUUGGCAUCAAAAUGGCCUACGAGCGGCCACUGUACUUCGACUCGACCUAUAAAAGGGGCCAAAGGAAACCGGUGAUGCCUCCGGGCAGCUUUUACAAGCCCAAGUUCUUCGACUUCAUGAAGCAAGAGUUCACGGCUUGCAUAGAGGGCGUUGGUAUAAUCGACAUGAGCUCCUUUUCCAAGAUCGAGAUCAAGUCCGUAGGCUUGGAGGUUGUCGAUUACCUGCAAAAGCUGUGCUCCAACGAUGUCAAUUUGGCCAUAGGGGCUAUAACACACACGGGGAUGCAAAACGAGAGAGGUGGCUAUGAAAACGACUGUAUGCUCGUGCGGCAGGCCGAAAAUAGUUAUUUCAUGGUAUCGCCCACCUUACAACAAACCCGCAUUUAUCGAUGGAUGUCCAGGCACCUGCCGAGCGAUCACUCGGUGGGUCUGAACGACGUGACGUCCAAGUACACGGUCGUCAACGUUAUCGGGCCAAAGGCUUCCCAACUGCUGUCGGAACUCUCGAAUUCGGACUUGAAGCUUUCGCCAUUCACCUACAAGAGUUGCAACGUGGGCUACGCCUCGGACGUGAUGGUAAUGUCGUUCACGCACACCGGCGAGCCGGGCUAUUGCCUCUACAUCCCGUCCGAGUACGCAUUACACGUUUACGCCAGCCUGAUGCUCGUUGGCCGGGAUUACGGGGUGCACGACGUCGGUGUCCUCACGCAGCGCUUCAUGCGCCUCGAGCGAUUCAUACCCUUCUGGGCCGAGGAGCUUACGCCAUUCGUUACUCCCUUCGAGGCUGGGAACGGGCACAGGGUCAAUCUCGAUAAAGAGUACUUUAUUGGCAAGUUUGCGCUGCAGCACCAAAAGGAGCGAGGCGUCAUGAAGCGUCUGGUCUUAUUCGUCAUUAACAAUCUCGAUCUCAACAAGAACGUGUGGGCGUGGGGUGGCGAGCCGAUUUAUCGAGACGGUGAAUUCGUUGGCACCGUAACCUCGGCCGGGUACGGUUUCAACUUGAAAAAGCUGAUAUGCCUCGGCUUUAUCAGCCAUCCGGGCAACUUGCAGGCUCAGGACGAGAGAAGGAUCGUGACAAAUGAGUUUGUGACGGACUCGUCGGUUGUCUACGAAAUCGACAUCGCCGGCCAUCGGUUUCCCAUGACGCCGCACAUACGCUCGCCCGCCCUGUCGGGAUACAAGAUGAGCAAAAAGUACAUACCGACUCCCAUUGUGUCAUAUAAGAGCGAUAUUUCGCACUAGGCGUACAUAACACGUUAAGAAGUGAUUUUUUUUUUUUUUUUUUUUACAACGUACUUAACUAUAAGUUUCUGGGGAGAGGUUUUCUGUAGACGGUAUUUGUGCGAUUACUCUAGUCAAUUUGUGUGUAUAAUGAAGAUUUGUUUUUUAACAUAUAGUUUUUAAUGUACUGCGAGAUUUUUUUUUAACCUGUUGUUACAAAUUUAUAA